GGCACAUCGGGCAGGACUCCGGGCAGAGGCACAUCGGGCUACCAGGAGAAGCAGCAGGCAGCGGGCCACCAGGCAGAGCGGCAGGCACCGGGCCCCCGGGCGGAGGCGGCAGGCACUGGGCCCCCGGGCGGGGCGGCAGGCACCGGGCCCCCGGGCGGGGCGACAGGCCUCGGGCCCCCAGGCGGGGCGACAGGCCUCGGGCCCCCAGGCGGGGCGACAGGCCUCGGGCCCCCAGGCGGGGCGACAGGCCUCGGGCCCCAAGGCGGGGCGACAGGCCUCGGGCCCCCAGGCGGAGCAGCGGGCGCCGUACCCCCAGGCGGGGUGACAGGCCUCGGGCCCCCAGGCGGGACGACA